AGAAAAAAAUCCUAGUGAAAAAAUAUAGAAAGAAACAUGUGACUUGUUGCACUGUAGUGAACACUUGAGUAUUAGUAGUAGUACUAGUAAGUAGUAACUAACACUCAGUGAGCACAACGGUCACAUGUAGCUUCAAAAUCAAUUUCUCCAAACGUGAACACAUUUAAACCAAUAUAGGCUCACUGUGUGUUUUUGUGUGUUUGUGUGUGUGUUUGUGUGUGUAUACAUAACCCGCGCCAAUCACUCCAAUCUGUAGCCCAAAAAAGAAAAAGAAAAACACCCUCAACAAUUCUACCCCACCACAGUACACUAAAGACUGAAGGAUACACACUAACUAACAUGGAAAACUGCAGAAAAUCACCACUCAAGCCCUGGAAAAAGGGACCCGCGAGAGGCAAAGGCGGGCCCCAAAACGCCACGUGUGAGUAUCGUGGCGUUCGACAGAGGACGUGGGGGAAAUGGGUGGCUGAGAUCAGAGAACCCAAGAAACGGGCCAGGCUAUGGCUCGGCUCUUUUGCUACCGCAGAAGAGGCGGCAAUGGCCUACGAUGAAGCGGCGAGAAGAUUAUAUGGACCGGAGGCUUACCUUAAUCUCCCUCAUUUGAGGUCGAAUUUCAACCCUUUGAACAAAUCACACAAGUUCAAAUGGUUCCCUUCGAAUUCGAAUUCGAAUUCGAAUAACUUGGUCUCGAUGUUCCCUACUACAGGCUUGCUCAAUCUGAAUGCUCAGCCUAGUGUGCAUGUGAUUCACCAGAGGCUGCAAGAACUCAAGAAAACGGGAGUUUUUGGCCUUGAUUCUUCGUCUUCGUCCAGCUCAGCACCCAAAAAAGACGUGCAAAGUGUGGAAAUUCUUGAAAAGGAGAAGAAAGACAACGAAAUUACGUCUGGAGUUAAAGCGGUUACCUCCGAAGAGAAGCCUCAGAUUGAUCUGAACGAGUUCCUCCAGCAGCUAGGGGUGCUGAAAAGAGACGAGCAUCAGACUUGUGUCAGUGAUGUGUCGAAAAGUUUUACGGAAAUAGAAUCGUUGUCAUCUUUCAGAGAUGAUGAAGAUGGAUUCUGCAAUUACGCGGAAAAGAAUUUUAAUUGGGAUACGCUGAGUGAAAUAGGUGGAGCAGAUAUUCAUGUCGGAGCAGAAUCCAGUACUUACCAGGUACAUGAUAGUAACGAAGAGCUGGUUUUUUCACCAUCCAUCUGGAACUUUUAACGAGUCGAGAAAUUUAUCUAAUCACAGGAGUCGAUACCAUACGAAUGUAUCUCUUACACAUUUACAUAGAUUAGUAAACGUAAACGCCAUGUAAUAACAGCUGCAUUUUUGUUACUAGUGUAAGAAAAAAAUAAUCUACAAAAGAAGAAUACUUGAAGUGA